AUAUACGUACGUACACGUGCGUGCGUAUGUACUUACACUGCUUGAUUGAUCGAUCGACGUGUGCAGCUUUUGGAGCUCUGUAUGGAUGUUCUUCGUUCCUUGCUGGAGAAACGCAGUCUCUCAGGUACUUGGUCCAGGCGUUGUGUUCUGUAUGCUGCUCAUGGGCCAGGCUACGCUAGACUGCGCGAACAUGCGUACAGUCACUGGAGCAGGGCAGUGAUGGAAAUCACUCGCAGAACACUGUUUGUAACCUGAUGGUGUGAUGCUAGAAAAUCAUAGGGG